ACCCAUCGCGUGUCCGAUCAUUUCCUUGGAGCGGCGGUGGGGUCCCUCCGCCCCGCUCGCUGCGCGCGGCGUCACUGUUCCACCCAAUCCGCACCCAAAUCUCGCGUCGGCGUCCCCACGAAGAAAAAAAAGCAGCAGCAGCAGCCGCCGCCGCGCGCAGCACACGGUCCGCACGCCGCUUCGCGCGUUCGCCAGCCGCCGGUGCGGCGGAAGAGGGGCCAGGGAUUCCCAGCUCAGCUCAGCUCAGCUCGCGAAGCCCUGGAGCCGCGGCCUUCGCCCGAGCCCCCCACCCCGCUGCUCCCCCUACCAUGCUCGUCCCCGCCCGCGACGACCUCCCGUGCACUCGCCCCCAGCUCCCAGCCCCGCAUGACGAGCCGCGACAAGGCCGGCUGCCCCACGGCCACGCUGCCGCUCGACCGCUUCCUGGCCUCGCUCGCCGCCAACGUGGAGCAGCUCGGCAAGCGGUGGGAGAUCGCCGUCUGCGACCGGAGGGCGAAGGAAAUCAGGAGGAAGGCGGAGAUGGCGCCGGCGGUAGAGCUGCACACGCCGCUCUUCUACGCCACCUGCGCCCUCGGCGGGGUCCUCAGCACCGGCCUCACCCACCUCGCCGUCACGCCGCUCGACCUCGUCAAGUGCAAUAUGCAGGUUGACCCUAACAAGUACAGGGACAUCUCAUCCGGCUUCGGGGUACUGCUCCAAGAGCAAGGUCUUGGUGGGUUCUUCAAAGGCUGGAUGGCCACGCUGGUUGGGUACAGUAGUCAGGGCGCCUGCAAGUUUGGGUUCUACGAGUACUUCAAGAAGUGCUACUCGGACAUCGCUGGCCCUGAGAAUGCUGACAGGUUGAAAACCGUGAUCUACCUUGCCGCAUCCGCGUCGGCUGAGGUGAUUGCAGAUAUAGCUCUCUGCCCCAUGGAGGCCGUCAAGGUUCGGAUCCAGACACAGCCGGGGUUUGCUCGAUGCCUGACCGAUGGGCUCCCGAAGCUUGUCCAGUCCGAAGGUGCCUUUGGGCUUUACAAGGGAUUACUUCCUCUCUGGGGCCGCCAGAUUCCUUACACUAUGAUGAAAUUUGCUUGCUUUGAGACCAUUGUUGAGAUGGUGUACAAGCAUGCUGUCCCAAAACCAAAAGACGAAUGCAGUAAACCACUCCAACUAGCAGUGAGUUUUGCAGGGGGGUACAUUGCUGGAGUCUUGUGUGCUGCUGUAUCUCACCCUGCAGAUAACCUGGUGUCUUUCCUCAACAAUGCAAAGGGAGCAACUGUGGCAGAUGCUAUAACAACCCUUGGGCUGUGGGGCCUUUUCACCCGUGGCCUUCCGCUCCGAAUUAUAAUGGUUGGCACUCUUACCGGAGCGCAAUGGGCAACAUAUGACGCGUUUAAAGUAUUUGUUGGACUGCCAACAUCUGGGGGAGUCAGCUCUAGUUAUCAUGCUACCUCUAAUUUGCGCCAAGUCGAUCAUGAAAAGCAGAACUGACCGUUAACAGGAAGGUUUGUGCUGAGCUACCGGCACCCCGGCAGCUGCUCUACUUCUUGCAAGAGCUCCAAAAUCGCAGGAUGAAGUGUUAAAUGAAUGUUGUGGCACUCUGUUAGCCGGUAGGAAAUUUCACUUUCAAGGGGUUUUUGUUGCUACCUCUUGGAGGUCGGAGCUAGUGUAAUGAACUGAACAAGCUUCAGAGAUUUAUCUGGCAGAUUGGCGCGAUGGUCUGAAUAUAUUUGGCACAUAAUGGCCUCCUUUGCCCU